AUGGGAGUAGCCCCUGAAUCUUAUGGUAGCCUUCUUUCUUCAAUGUUAAUGUCCAAGCUACCAACAAAUCUACAGCUGGUUGUUAGCAGAGUGGUUAAGGAAAACGAAUGGAAUUUGGACAAACUAUUAAAUACCUUGCAGCAAGAGUUAGAAGCCAGGGAGAGAAUUAAGGUACCUGCAACCAACAAGGAUUUUAAGAAAUAUCACGGUUCAGCCUCAGCAUUGAUGGCCGGUAAUAAUCCAAGUUGUACUUACUGCAGGGGGUCCCACCCAUCAAAGGACUGUACAACUGUGACUAGUCCUGCUGCUCGUCAAGAUAUUUUACGGAAGACGGGAAGAUGUUUUGUGUGCCUAAGAAAGGAUCAUAUCAGUCCAAGUUGCAAGUCAACAACACGGUGCUACUCGUGUAAGGGGCGACAUCAUGUUAGCAUAUGUAAGGGUAAGAAGCCACCUCCACCACCUCCUAGGGACCCUCCUGAGGAACAUGGGCAAAGCGGAUCCAACAAGUCAAAGGAAGGUCCUAGUUUGGGAACCCAUCCUGACGCAACUGUCUGUCACACAACCUCAUCGAACUGUGUCCUUCUCCAAACCGCAAGAGCAAAUAUAUAUAACCCAGAUAAUCCUGAUGGUCCCAAGGUCAAAGCGAGACUAAUCCUGGAUGGCGGCAGUCAGUGCUCGUACGUCAGCAGUGCACUGACGGGAACUCUCGGUCUGCAGUCAAAGAGUCAAAGGUCGGUAAACAUAAAAACAUUUGGCUCUAGCGAGACUAAUGCUCAAGUUAUUGAUGUGGUGAAUCUUGGAAUAGAAACUGCCUAUGGAGCAAACAUUGAAAUGUUAGCAUUUACUGUGCCAUUAAUUUGUCAGCCAUUAAAGAACCAAUUCGUGUCAAAUGCUAGCAAGACCUACCCUCAUCUCGCCAACCUCCACCUAGCUGAUUACUCAUCUGGGCAACACGAUGCGAAAGUGGAUAUCCUGAUCGGUUCAGAUCAUUACUGGAAGAUCGUGACCGGGAAAACCAGACAAGGAGAUAGUGGUCCGACUGCCAUUCAAACAAGGCUUGGUUGGGUUCUCUCUGGGCCUGUUGGAAACGAACCGCGGCAAUUAACCCACACCAGCAAUCUUGCUACAAUCCACACCCUCAAAUGUGCCUCCGAAGAAGUUGAGUGUAAGAAUGAUGUCCUUGUACAAGAACUGAAGAGAUUUUGGGACUUAGAAACUCUCGGUAUUCAACCAGUGUGUGUACGAAGAAUUCCUAGAAAGCAUUAAGUAUGAAAAUAAUCAUUAUGUGGUCAAUUUGCCAUGGAAACCUGAUCAUGCUGAACUGCCUGAUGACUAUGAUCUUAGCAAGAAACGUCUAUUAGGGUUGCUGAAGCGAUUGCGUAAUGAGCCAGAAGUCCUUAAGGAAUAUGACAAUGUGAUAAGAGAUCAGCUUAACAAAGGAAUCGUGGAGUCUGUGCCCGAACCAAAUGAAGAAGCAAAGAGAGUGCACUAUUUACCUCAUCACGCAGUUAUCCGUCAGGAUAAGGCAACAACCAAAUUGCGAGUAGUGUACGACGCCUCGGCGAAGUCAAGAGGACCUUCGCUUAAUGACUGUCUGUAUAGUGGUCCCUCGCUGACUCAGAACAUUGUUGACAUUAUGCUAAGAUUCCGUGCAUACAAGGUGGCCUUAACGGGAGAUAUCGAGAAGGCCUUUCUCAUGAUUCAUGUAGCGGAGUCUGAUAGGGAUGCAUUGAGAUUUCUGUGGUUCGAUGAUAUACACAGCCCAAACCCUAAGAUUAUCCCACUUCGAUUCACCAGAGUAGUGUUUGGCGUAUCCUCCAGUCCUUUUCUACUAAACGCCACAGUCAAACAACACAUCGAGCAAUACCGGGAAGAUGACCCUAGUUUCGUGGAAGCUGUUCUGAAUUCGAUCUAUGUGGAUGAUCUUAUUUCCGGAGGUGAAAAUGUGGACAAUGCAUUCAAACUCUAUGAAGAUUCAAGGAGCCGAUUGGCAAAGGCUAACUUCAAUUUGCGAAAGAUUACCACGAACUCUAAAGAACUCCAAGAGCGUAUAUGCCAAACCAACCAACUAGUGACAGUGAACAAUGCAUCUGACGGAAGUAACAUGGCCAGAGCUGAUAGCAACAAGUCCCAGCAGUUGGUUCAGGAGGAGCAGUCAUCUUACACCGGAAGUACGUUGGGUCCUCCCCUUCCAGCAAGCGAUGACAAGCAGAAAAUUCUCGGAAUCUUAUGGGAUUCUUACGAGGACAAUCUUAUUAUUGAUAUCAAGGAUGUUGCAGAUUUGGCGCAGAUGGUUCAAGCUACGAAGAGAAAUGUGAUCAGUGUUUCUUCCAAGAUUUAUGAUCGUAUGGGGUUUAUAUCCCCAUUGACAAUCAAUUUCAAGCUGUUGUUUCAAGAACUUUGUCUGGCGAAGGGUGACUGGGACCAUCCACUUGAAGGAACACUGAAAUGCAAUUGGCAGAAAUUAGUUGAUAACCUAAAGGAUGUCCAACCUGUUGUUAUUCCGAGAUGCUAUAUUUCUGACAUACACGAGCAAGUUGUAUCCUACGAGCUUCACGGGUUUUGCGAUGCCUCUAUCAAAGCAUACUGCUGCCGUAAUAUACCUCAGAAUCAUCACACCAAAUGCCUCUUAUGUCCAGUUGGUGAUAUCGAAGGCAAGAGUGGCACCCUUAACUAAACAAACGAUCCCAAGGUUGGAGUUACUGUCAGCGCUCGUGCUUGCCAGAUUAAUGAACGUUACUCAGAAAGCCCUGAAGUCUGUGAUUGAAAUCUCGAAGGUGCAAUGCUGGAUGGAUUCUAAGGUUGCAUUAUAUUGGAUUACGCAGCAAGAGAAGGAAUGGAAACAAUACGUACAGAGUCGAGUGGAAGAGAUUAGAGCGCUGGUUCCUGUAGAGUAUUGGAGUCACUGCCCAGGUGCAGAAAACCCCGCAGACAUUCCGUCACGUGGUAUCCUGCCUACUCAACUAGCAUCAUCUACAUUGUGGUGGUCUGGCCCAAAAUGGUUGUCCGCCACAGAGAGCCCUGCUAAAGUGUCGAAUUGAGAGAUGAAGGCCAAGGACCAGAGGACUUUAGACAAAGAGACACUUUCAACGAUGAUAGUGCAUGGAUCGAAAGAUUCCAUAAGCAAUGUUAUUAACUGUAAGGACUACAGUAGCCUGGGUCGUUUGCUAAGAGUAACGGCUGUUGUCUUGAAGUUCAUCAAGCUACUAAAAUCGAGAGUUAAACAGGAAGAUCCUCCAACAAACUCGGAAGUUACAAGCACCGACAUCGAAUUAGCUCGAGUUCUAUGGAUCAAGGAACUGCAGGAAGAAAUGAAGUUGAACGAGAAUUCUGGAACCGAGACCUCGGUCUGUUUACUGAUGAAAUUGGAACCGUCCGAUGUAAGGGACGACUAUCUAACUCGAACUUGCCAUAUUCAGCGAAGUAUCCAAUCCUGUUAGAAACAGCUCAUUAAUUACCUUACCACACUAAUCGUACGGGAUUGUCACGAGCGGGUAAUGCAUGGGGGAGUAAAGGCAAUAUUGACAGAACUUCGAUCGAAAUUCUAGUUAGUCCGUGGAAGGAACUUUGUAAGAAAUCAAUUGUGUCACCUGCAAGAAGCAAGAUGGUAGAGCAUACAAGGCACUUAACUCUCCGCCAUUGCCGGAGUUUAGAGUAAAGGAAGCACCACCGUUUACGUACGUUGGCUUAGACUACGUCGGUCCUUUAUAUGUGAAAUCUACGAACGAUUUAGACGAGAAAGCAUGGAUUUGUUUGAUUACCUGCUGUGUUUCUAGAGCGGUACACCUUGAAGUUGUUCCCAACAUGACAUCACAAGCCUUCCUGAGGAGUUUUAGGAGAUUUACGUUACGACGUUCGACGCCAUUGCUUGUCGUUUCGGACAACGCGAAAACCUUUAAGGCUGCGUCCAAAGAGUUAAUGACACUCAUGCGUGAUCCUCAAGUGAAGAAAUAUUUCUUGCAGCAACGAAUGCGUUGGUCGUCUAAUCUGGAGAAAGCCCCGUGGUGUGGAGGUUUCUUUGAGCGGAAAAAAACCAUCGGAAAGGCAAGAUUGUCUUAUGACGAGCUAGUUACAGCUGUCACGGAAGCAGAAUCGAUCCUGAACAGUCGACCCAAAUCCUAUGUAUCCUCCGAGGACGUCGAGGAACCCCUCACCCCAGCCCAUCCUCUGAGCGGAAGACGGAUCCUGAGUUUACCUGAUCGUCAUCAAGAGAACCCUGAAGAUGAAGAUUUUCUAGUCGACCUAUCGACGAAUGACCUCAACAAAUGA